CAUAUUUUAUGUAUGUGCAUGUUGUUAAAUAAUUUUUAGUUGCUAUUAAAGAUUUUUAGAAUUUAUGGACUAUUAAUCUGAUUUUUUGGAUAUUGUUAAAAAAUCUGAUUAUUUGCUGUAACACUGUUGAUUUUUAGAAUUUAUGGACUAUUAAUCUGAUUUAUGUACUAAAAGUUGCUAUUAAAGAUUUUUAGAAUUUGUGGACUAUUAAUCUUAUUAUUUGCUAUUUGGUUACUCCUAAUAUGAUAAUCAAGAUCUUUUUAGUUGCUGUUAAAAUAUGUUAAUACUGUCAGAUUCCAUGCCGUUUAAGAAAAAUAUGCCUUAAUUUACCAGAAUGAUAUUUGGUUUAGUGAAGAGAUUAUAAAUCCUAAGUACCCUCUAUGUAAUCCACCUGGUUCGUGUCAUUGAGCAUUUCUCCAAUGUUUCUACUGCUGGGUUGUGCAUAUCCUGCAGAUAGUUAGUUUUGUGAAAAUUAUUGCAAGUUCUUUAAAUUUUUUGUCAUUGAAUUGAAGUAAAAAAAUCGUGUUCGGGUAUUGUGUGGGUAUUGUUAAACGGAUUUGGAAUGGCUAUCCCUACCUGUUUACAUCCCUGUAUAUACCUCUUAAUUACACUGUUCAACCUAUGUGAAAUUAACCAGUAUUUUUUCCUGUGUGCGCCUCUCCCUCCCAAAAGGCAGUUUCCACUCUCGUUUCUUGCUUCCCAUCUCCUGUUAAAGAAACCCACUUCUCUUUGUCAUCUCCCUCUCAAUCAACCAAACUAGAGAGCCAAUAGCUCGUUCAUUUUUUUUGGGGUCUGCUUACCUACACCUCCAUCCUCCCCAGCUCACCUGGACAAACCCUUAGCUCCUUUGAACCAGAAAAUGGCAAAAAAUAAGGCUUCCUCAAAGAAGCAGCAAAAGCGUGGUGUGGACUUCAAGAAAAUUAAGCGGAAGCUUGGCAGGAAAUUGCCACCCCCUAAGAAAGCUACAAACACUGAAAUUAAAUCCAAAGCAAUUAUUCUCCCUGAGCAAAGUGUGGCUUCGGAGAAAACGGGUUUAGCUGUGAGCAAGAAAGGCUUGACUUUGAAAGAGCUUCUUCAACAAACUUCCCAUCACAAUGCAAAAGUUCGUAAAGAUGCAUUGAUGGGUAUGAAGGAUUUAUUCCUUAAGCAUCCGGAAGAACUGAAAUUGCACAGAUAUGCAGUUAUAGAAAAACUACGUGAACGAGUCAGUGAUGAAGAUAAAGUGGUUCGUGAAACCCUUUAUCAACUUCUUAAAUCAUUAAUUUUACCUGGCUGCAAUGAGGAUAAUCAAGGGCCUUUCAUUUCUUUAAUUAUGGCCUACAUUUUUAAUGCAAUGACGCAUUUAGCAAUUGAAGUUCGGCUUAUGGCUUUCAAGUUCUUUGAUCUCAUUGUACAACAUUUUUCUUCUUCAUUUUCCUUGUACGCUGAAAAGGUUCUUCAAAAUUAUGCUGAUAUUCUGCGGAAGAACCAGUUCUAUUUAGAAGACAAGAGCAAGCUCAAGAAUGUGCUUGCUGGUUUGGUGCGCUGUUUGUCUCUAUUGCCGUCUAGACUAGAAGUUGACUCAUGCAAGAAGAAAGUCCAUGGGCGAGAAAUGUUGCAUGCUUUUGAGCUGGACAAGCCUACAGAAGUUGCUGAUUUUUCUGUUGUCAUCAACAAACUAGAGGAUCUUGUUCCAGUUUUAGUCAAUUGCUUCCAAGACUUUGUUCCAUUAAUUCACAGCACACAACAAUUGGAUGCUCUGUCAUUUGAUUGCUUGCAUAAUAUACUUCAGAGCAUUGACCUUGUAGUCAGGUUUUUUGUUUAUGGUGCUGAAAAGGAUAAUCCAGAAUCACAUCCUUCUAUGUGGGAUCAAAGCAUCUCUUCAGUGCUCCUAAAGAAGUUCGUAGGUGUAUUUCCUUUCAAUCCAGUGCAUCACCUUUCAGAAAAGGAUGAUGACCGAUAUUUUACCUUGAAUGUUAUGAUUGCUGAAAUAUUUUUUCACUUGAGUGAAUGGAUCUGCCAUCCUGCCGAGUUACUGGAGAAAUUCCUUGCAUUUUUGGAGUAUGCACUGCUUGAGAAGAUCCGCAGUGAAGUAAGGUCUGGCAGAGCAAUUAGAGAAAAGCAGAUUGUUGCUCUGGUUCAUUUUGUCCCAAAACUUGUAACACAAGUAAUAGACAAUUGGAAGUCCCGCCUUCUACAGGCAUUUACAAAGACAUUCCUCAAUUGCAAUCCGGAGUCUUCAGUAAAGUUGGCCUGCAUUUCUGCAGUGGAAGAAAUGCUUUUUUCUAGAGGAAUGUUGUACACAGAUGCAAGUGAUUCGGAACUGUUGGAUCAUCUGAUUACUUGGAUGAGAGAGCUGCCUAUGUUGUUAAUCCUGCUAGGGGAUCGGCAUUCAGCAUCUUCCCAGGCUGUGUUGCAUCUUUUGCUUCGUCUGGGUCAAUGUUGUACAGUGAGCUCUUUGCUUGCAUUUGAAUAUGACAACUUGCAAUACUCACUGCAAGAAUUUUAUGGCAUAUGUCGAGAAGGGAAGAAAUGUUACGGUCCUUUCAUAAAGCUUCCUAUGGAUUGUCAAGAACUCUCCAUAUGUUGUCUUUAUUAUUUUCGUCAUUUGGAUCCACUUAUGCUGAAAACGAUAGCUUCUUGCUGCCUCUGUCCUGAUUUGGAUGCAUCUCUCUUGUUUCGGAUCAUAGAGGUUUUGCAUUUGGCCUUUAAAGCAGGCCACAUUCAGAUUACUGACCACCUUAGCUUCUUUGUUACUCUGGUCUCCCGUUUCAAUGUCUUACCAGGAGAUGCUCAUCCUGAUAUUGAGGAAGAUAUGAAGAUCUCAAAUCAUCAAACUUUCAAGUCAUUGAUCCGUGUUGUUAGCUCAUGCCUGGCACAGAUGGGUGAUAAUGUUCUACUUCUUGCGAUACUGGAGAAAGUAAUACUAGAGCAGAUCUUAUUAAGGCCGCCGCUGGACAAUGCCUGUGCUAUGCUCAGGUUUCUUGUAAUGCUAGACUCCAAACCCACUAGACUUUCUGAAGAAAGUAUCCUCAGUUUGAGCAAUUUCCUUUUAGGUUAUUUGGUUGAUGUAGUACAUCGUAUUCCAGGAGAUGAUGAUGUGCCCAUGUGCUCUAGUCAUGUACCAAGACAGAGUUGCUAUAUUUUGCCUUGCUUUUUCUUAUUUGAUAGAAGUCACGAUCUCUUGAAACUUGUAUUGAUUGUGAUGGCUUCAUCAAUAUCUACAAGCAGUUCACUCUCUUCAAAUUAUCAUACCCAUCAUGCUUCAGGACAUGCAAGUAGGAUAAAUGAUAUAGUGAAUGUCCUAAAACUGAUGCAUAAAGACGCCAAGAUUAAGCAAAUUAUUUGUUCAUCAAGAGCUGAGAUUAAUCUUAUUUGGCGAAACAUACACUCUCUACAGUCACUGGAGGAAAGCAAUCUGGGUAUUAGAGAAAGGCAUAUAAUACAAUGUGCAUUGGAUGAACUAAAGGCUAUUAGAAGUUCUGAACAGAUGCAAAUUGCUUAACCUUGUUUAGUGUUGCAUUACAAGAUUGCAAUGGCAUGUGUGCCCAAAUUUUGUAGUUUUAACAGUAUUUCGUGUAUGCAAUUCUCAAAUGUAUAUGGCUUUAAGAGGAUGAUGUAUUACAUGAAAUUUUAGGCUAAGACUUUCCUCUCAAAUAUAAAUUUAUUUUGGAAAAAAAAAUAUAUACUUUCA